AUGUCCCUCGACUUCACCACCUUCCACAACAUCAUCGCCGGCCAGCCGCGCUCCGCCGCCACCGUCCACGCGGGCGUCUCGCCGCUCACCCGCGCCAAACUGUGGGACGUCCCGGUCGCGACCGCGCAGGAUGUCGACGACGCGGUCGCCGCCGCCGCAGCGGCCUUCCCCGGCUGGGCGGCGGUGCCUUACACCGAGCGCACGCGGCUGCUGGGCGAGUUCGCGGAUCUCUACCUCCAGCAUGCCGAGGAGUUUGUGGAGCUGUUGAUGGCGGAGACGGGGCGGAGUAGACAAACGGCCGCGAUCGAGGUAUACUGGGCGGCGGAGUGGUUGCGGUAUCCUGCCAAGUACACCCUCCCCGAGACGAAGCACGAAGACGACGAGCUCGUAGCGAUAACCAAGUACGAGCCCCUGGGCGUGGUCGCCGCCAUUUGUCCGUGGAACUUCCCCAUCAGCCUAGCAAUGGGCAAAAUCGCCCCCGCAAUCGCAACAGGCAACACCAUCAUCGUCAAACCCUCACCAUUCACCCCCUACACCACCCUCAAACUCAUCCACCUCGCGCAACACAUCUUCCCCCCGGGGAUCCUCCAAGCCCUCAGCGGCGACGACACGCUCGGCCCCCUCCUCGUCCACCACCCGCGCAUCCAGAAGAUCUCCUUCACGGGGUCCACGGCCACCGGCCAGAAGAUCAUGCGCGGCUGCGCCGAGACCAUGAAGCGGUUUACCCUGGAGACCGGCGGGAACAACGUCGGGAUUGUUUUCCCGGAUGUGGAUGUCGCGGCGACGGCCGCGAAGAUUGCGGGCGGGUUGUGGUUCAAUGCGGGGCAGGUGUGCAUCAAUGCGCGGCGGCUGUAUGUGCAUUCGUCUGUUUAUGGGGAGUUUGUGAGGGUUUUGGGGGAUGUCACGCAGAAGAUGCAGGUGGUGGGGGAUGUGGGGCCGGUGCAGAAUGAGAUGCAGUUUGAGAAGGUGCAGGCGGUGCUGCGGGAGUGUAAGGAAUUAGGGCUGAGGUUUGUGGCGGGUGGGGAGGAGGGGAAGAAGGGGGGCGAGGAGCAGGGGCUGUUUGUUCGGCCCGUCGUGCUGGAUAAUCCGCCGGAUGAGGCGGGGGUCCUGCAGGAGGAGGUUUUUGGGCCUGUCGUCUCUUGCAAGCCGUUCAAUACCGCGGAUGAAGUGGUGGGCAUCGCGAACGAGGGCACCACCGGGUUGAGCGCGAUUGUCUGGACGGCGGAUGCUGAGUUGGCGGAGAGAGUGUCGGCCCAGUUGGACGUGGGGAAUGUGUUUGUGAACGGGCCGCCCAAGCCAAAUGCCUACGUGCCCUUUGGCGGCCAUAAGCAGAGCGGGGUGGGGGUGGAGUAUGGGCUGGAGGGGCUGUUGGGGUUCUGCCAGGUCAAAUCGGUGCAUGUGUACAAAUAG